AUGGUGAGCCAUCCCGCCCAUAUCGUGGCCUCCUCGAAGCGCACGUCCAUCGAGUCUGUCGCUGAAUCUGAAACUUCGCUGACCCGCCACUCCCGAGACCAUGGCCAUCGCGGGCGUCGUGAGGAGGACUUGGAAGCUCAGAACUCGGUGGUCCAUGAGAAUCCCCCGCCUCAUGUCCGGAUCCGAGACAGCAUGGAACAUCACCAUCACGAUGGAAAUGGUGCGUCGCCGACCCUUCAACGCAGCGAAACUGGUGUCUCCAAAUACUCGGUAAGGUCUCUGCGGAGGAGGGGUCGAGCAGACACCACCAAUGUCAUGUAUGGGGCAGGCGAAAUGGGCAGGACAACGGGUUGGACGCCCGGGCAAGAGCCAGGAAUUGACACAAGUGACCCAGCUCCUCCCUACAGCUUGGGUGCCACAACGCCCGCCGAUGCUGCACAUCUGGAGAGAUUGAAUCAACGGUGCGAAAUAACCGUGGUGGACUUCAGCAACGAGAUGGUCUCUACUACAGAUUUGGACAACGAUAACCUUGAAGAAUUUCUCCAGCAGGAUCCCCCCCAGUGGGCUGAUGUUCGGUGGAUCAACGUCAAUGGGCUUUCUUGGGACGUGAUUCGAGUGCUGGGAAACCACAAACACCUCCACCGGCUUGCCAUUGAGGAUCUAUUCAAUACCAAGAAUCGCACCAAGGUCGACUGGUACAGUGAUCACACCUACAUGAUCCUGCCCCUGCAGAAGCUCAUCAACAUCGAAGAGAACGAAUCCGAUUUCGAGUCUGAUGACGACGACAAAGAGGAUUCGAAAUCUGACGAGGCCGGAUCCGAAUUUCGGACCAGGAUCGCCACAGAACGCCAGCGGAGACGUCGGCAACGGAAACGGAAAGGCGCUAUCCGGUCUCUGAUUGAGGAUUUGCAAAAACCCCUCUGGAAGAAGAACAAUAAGACGCGGGACUCCAGAUCGCCAGAUAUCGUAAGCGACGGACUCCAGCCCUCGAACAGUUUCAGACACUCGAGCAAAGUGGAAACGCCAUGGGCACCCAGGACCAUCCGCACCAUGCAACGCUAUCACGCCGGCCCAAAUCAAGACCGCAUUGAAUACAUGGAGCGGCACGCGGUACUCGCUCACAAGGGUUAUGGUGUCUCCAUGGAACAGGUCUCUAUUUUCCUCUGUGCCGACAACACCGUCAUUUCCUUUUUCGAGUACUCUGCACACGAUGUACAGACACCCAUUAUCCGCCGGUUGCAGUCCCCCGGCACCAUCCUUCGUCAGUGCUCUGACGCCAGCAUGCUCUGUCAGGCGAUUCUUGACGCCAUCAUCGACCUUGCCCUGCCCGUGACGACAGCAUAUCAGGAUGCAAUAGGGGAUUUGGAACUGGACGUCCUCACGGACCCAGACAUCCAUCAGUCAUCCACUUUGUACAUCUUAACGUCUGAAAUUGCCAUCCUCCGCAACGCUAUCGCUCCGGUGGUUCAGCUGAUCGGCGCACUCAAGGACCAUAAGACCAACGCCCAGCCCAUGACGGCAACCCAUUCGCGUGUUGCUACUCCGUUAGCGCUCGACCAACAGAACAACGACCCAAUGAGCAAGGUUUCGCCGAAUAACGCCCAGGGCAAUAACCUCCGAAAGCACUACAGUGCUCCACCAUUGCUGAGCGGCGUCCAGAUCUCUCCCCUCACCGUAACCUACCUAGGAGACGUCGAGGACCAUGCCCUCCUGAUCCAGGACGGCUAUGACCAGAUGCGCCGCAACGCCGACAACCUCGUCGACCUCAUUUUUAACACCGUGUCCGCUUAUCAGAACGAAUCCAUGAAGCAGCUCACCAUCGUCACCUGCUUUUUCCUCCCUCUAACUUUCUUGACCGGGUAUUUUGGACAGAAUUUUGCGCAUUUCCCCGGUGUGACAGAUCAUUCCGACGCGUUCUUCUGGGUCAUUGCCACACCCGUGUCCGUGGUGGUAUUCUUGUUGUUGAUGAGGGAUGUCAUGGUUCGCUGGCUGGGCCGGUGGGCGAAUAAGGCGUUGAUUGCGAGGGGGAGAAAGAGGCGGAUGGCACAGAAUGGACAGCCAAGUUGA